AUGUCUUCGCUCGCAAUUUCCCGACUAUUUGGAGUCAGUGGUUACGUGGCAGCGGUCACCGGAGGCAGCAGUGGCUUAGGCCUAAUGAUAUGCAAAGGACUUGUGACGAAUGGCGCAAAAGUUUAUGUUAUCGCCUUGCCCAGUGAACCUAUCGAUGAGAAAGUCGAGGAGCUGAACGAAAUCGGGAAAUUAAGUGGAGGGAGUGCUAUUGGUCUUCCCUGCGACGUAUCUUCAACAGAGAAAAUUGCUGCAGCGGCAGAAUACAUCAAGCAACGCGAGACGCACCUUGAUGUUCUCGUCUCAAAUGCUGGCAUCAGACGGGACCCGGUGGUACAAUGCAAUGUUCUAACGGCACCUCUGUUGGAGCUGCAGUCCUCAAUGUGGAGUUCUCGUCACUCGGAUUGGGCAGAUACGUUUUGCGUCAACACAACGGCUCACUAUUUCAUGGCUGUUGCUUUCCUACCACUUCUGUCGGCAGCUGCAGAGAGUACCAUCGAAGGCGGACGACAAGGGCGAGAUGUAGGCCGCGGCGUCAUCAUCAUCACCAGCUCGUGUGCCAGUAUGCACAAUAUGACAAACAUUGACCUGACCAGCUAUGCCUCAAGCAAGGCCGCAACGGAUCAUCUUGUUCGACUGCUUGCCGCAAAAUUCAGCCGCUUCUAUGUUCGGGUGGCGGGCCUGAAUCCUGGAUUCGUGCCGAGCAAGAUGAACCCCGUCGGUGAAGCGGGGAAUGUGUUCAGUUCGCUUUUCGAUCAGGUACCUGCGAAGAGGGCAGGCGACGAAGAAGACAUUGCCGGCGCUGUUCUUUAUCUCGCUAGUCGAGCUGGGGCUUAUGUCGAUGGAAUCUCGCUUUGUGUUGAUGGAGGACGCAUUCUGCUCGCAAAUGGGCAGCAAUAA